AUGGCCAUGCAAACCCUAAAACUCCAUCUCCUUCUUUAUCUUCAUCUCCUCAUCAUCUUCACCGCAUCCCAUGCACGUCCAAUCAUAAUCCAUGACGUGAACUUCAUACGUAACACAUGCAGCAAAACACAGAACCCAUCCUUCUGCUUUUCCACUCUCAGCUCUGACAAACGGAGCAUCAACGCCACCACCGUCGACACCCUGGCCGGAGUUUCUAUAGACCUCACCGUCGCCGCCGCUGAAGCCACCCUCUCCUUCAUCAACGACCUGGCUGACAAAAACCCAGGGACAACAUUGGAGGAGGACUUGCACCUUUGUGCUCAGUUAUACUCUAAUGCCAUUGAUGACCUUCAUGAUGCUACUGAUGAGCUUAACUCUAAGGAUUAUGGUGCUGCUUCCUCGUCGGAGGACCAGGCUGAUGAUGCGCCGGACUCUUGCCAGGGGGCGUUCACCGACGGUGUGACGUCGCCGGUGACGGACAAGAACAAGAUGGUUAAGGAUCUCGCUGGGCUUUCUGGUGAUCUUCUUGAUUUGCUUAAUUCUUGA